UCGCCAUAUCCCACUUUCCGGUUUCGUUCUUCCAGUACAGGACUCUGCAUUUCAGCUAUUUACUGUGUUGACGUAUAAUACAUUGGGUUUGACUGUCGUGGAAUACUUCGCGCUGAAUUUCAACGGUCUCUCGGAAACUUAAAGGUUAAAGGGCAUCCUGUAUUUAGUUAUGUAUUAAAAUUAGUUCAGCAGCGGUCUACCAAAGAAUUGCCCUGUUUUCGGCCAGCUAAGAAGCGAAAUGUCUAGCUAAGGAUUUGUAAACCACGAAAACCCUGGCCCGUUUUGUAAUGAUUGAUUAAUCCACCGACAAUGGCAAACAAGGCGAAGGUUUUGUAUGACUUCACUGCUGAGCCUGGAAACAAUGAAUUGACUGUAAGAGAGGGAGAAACAAUCACUAUUACCAAUCAGGGUGUUGGAGGUGGCUGGAUAGAAGCACAAAAUUCCAGAGGAGAAGUUGGGCUGGUUCCAGAAGACUACAUUGAGCUCCCAGGAGGAGGUGUUAAUGUUGGCUAUGUAGCUCCUCCCAUAGCAGCACCAGUUGCAGCCCCAACAGCUGCCCAUGUCCCAGACUUAUCCUUCUUUGACGCCUUUGCACCCCCAGCCAACAACACUGCACGUAACCAGGCAAGUAAUGGUAAUGACCCAUGGUCGGUAUGGAAUCAGGACGCCACUGGAGGCUCCUCCAACAACUGGGCAGCGCAGCCGGAGGGCACUGUAACAGGCAAGAGUGCUGCCCCUGACCCCUGGGGCUCCAACACACAGGGGCACCCUCAAGCCUACCAAGGCCCAGAUAUCUAUCCAUAUCCCUACAUUAUUGACUUUUCAGGCGCAGAGGACGAUGAGUGGGAUGAUGAAUGGGAUGACGUGAAGUCAAACUCUGAGUCUGGAGAAGGAGGGGCCAUCCAGAGAGGUGGGGCUACCGGCUCCUCAAUGAAGAUUUCUCUCAACAACAGGUUCCCCGGGUUCUCCAAGUCUGGUCCUGAGCUGUUCCUCCUCUGCAAGCUGCCGCCCAAAGGAAAGGAAAAGCUAACCAUCUAUAUGGGUGAGGUCGGUCCAGUGUGGUCCUAUCCUGAGGCUCAACUUGAUUGUGUAGUAGCUGACCCCAAGAAGGGCUCCAAAAUGUAUGGCCUAAAGAGCUACAUCGAAUACCAAGUCAUACCCAAUACCACAAACAGACCUGUCAAUCACCGAUACAAACACUUUGACUGGCUGUACGAAAGACUCUUGGACAAAUUUGGUUCGGCCAUCCCUAUCCCCUCUCUACCGGACAAGCAGGUCACAGGACGUUUUGAAGAGGAGUUUAUCAAGAUGCGGAUGGAAAGGUUGCAGGGAUGGAUGACCAGGAUGUGUCGGCACCCUGUGGUCUCCAACAGUGACGUCUUCCAACUCUUCCUAACUUUCAAGGAUGAGAAAGACUGGAAAACAGGGAAGAGAAAAGCAGAGAAAGAUGAGGGCGUGGGAGUCAUGAUCUUCUCCUCCAUAGAACCUGAAGGUCCUGACCUGGACCCCAUUGAAGUGGAACAGAAAUGUGAGCAGUUCAGUCGCUUCACCAAAGCGAUGGAUGAUGGUGUGAAAGACCUUCUUAAUGUGGGCCAGGAGCACUGGAAAAGAUGCACAGGACCUCUGCCAAAAGAGUACCAGAGGAUUGGCAAGGCCUUCCAAAACCUCUCAUCUGUCUUCACAAGCAGUGGAUACCAAGGAGAGGCCACCUUGACUGAUGCCAUGAAUGAAGCAGGAAAGACCUAUGAAGAGAUUGCUCAGAUGGUGGCUGAACAGCCCAGGAAAGAUCUGCACUUUCUUAUGGAGACCAACAAUGAGUACAAAGGCCUGCUGGGAUGCUUCCCUGACACUAUCGGAGUACACAAGGCGGCCAUAGAGAAGGUUAAGGAAGGAGACCGGCUGGUCGCCGCUAGCAAGAUCACCGCUCAGGACAAAGCGACCAUGGCUAAACGUGUUAGCACUAUGUCAUACGCACUACAGGCUGAGAUGAACCACUUCCACAGCAACCGUAUCUACGACUACAACAGGGUGAUGCAACUGUACCUGGAGGAGCAGGUGAAGUUCUAUGAAACGAUUGCUGAGAAGCUUAGGCAAGCGCACAGUCAAUUCACCACCAUGUAAACCCAUGACUCAAGCUGCAAGCCGGAGCCUGCUCGAUACCCAAGACAUUGUUCUCUCUCUUUUUCUGUCUCUCUCUAGCUUUUGUCCUUUAAUGCUCUGUCCAGUUUCCUUCCCCAUAGUCAUUAGCUUAUGUUGCUACUGUAAACAGUCCAUUAACUUUUUAGGGAAGAGGGAGAAACAUUUGACAACCCGAUGAGUAUAUGUUAAGAGCGGCUGACUGCGAGUGCUACACAGUACAGCACCAUUACUGCCUGGUCUCACAGAAAAGGACACAGACUACUUCCUGUGUCUCAUUUCAGGGUGACUUUAAUUCAGGACUUCAAUGAACAUAUUGUGCAGUUUUGCAUAGCUCAAUGCACUUAAUGCAGCAUUUCUAUAUGUUUUUUACUAAACAGCCCAAUGACCACAGAAGUUGUGGUAGUGAUGAUUUUUUUAAUGAUUGAAACACACAUGCACAUUGUAUUUCAGCAUAGAGAUGUUGCAUUUUGCCUUGUCAGUAAAAUUCUGGCAGAUGUAAGCGAGUGUGUGUCACAGCACCCCCUUGCCUGUGAAUGUGUCUGAUCACUGCUGGCAGUGCCCCACACCUUUCUUCACUAGCUUUCUCAAAAGCUAACAGGAAGCUCCACCUCUUCCUGUAAUAGUGCCUUGUUCACAUUCUGAAGAAAAUAAAACUGUGUCCUUAUUUCUGCCUAUAAAACAUGAUGCUACAUUUUCCACUAUUGGCUACUUUCUCAAAACAUGGAAUACUGCUCCUCGAAUUUUGUAGUUUAUGCAAUGCGAGGCAAUUCCUAGUCAGUGGAAACCAAAACAUCAAUGAGCCAAUGCUACUCAAAGACAGUGCCAAACUAGCUGGAUUGGUCUCAAUUCACUUUAAUUUCCUGCUUUUCCAUUAAUUACCAUAAAAACAAUCAGUUGAUGGGUGAGAGGCUUGGAUGGUGUUCCAACAAUAAUGCUUUCACCAUUUGAAUCUAUAUAGCAGCGUUUAGUUGUGAAAGUUCUUGAGGAAAAGAUACAGGUUAAUUGCGAAACGGCAAUGGCUUCAUCCAUGUUUAUAUGGCUGCUUUGCUCUUCUCAGCGUCACUCUUGUUACCACAGUGCAAUCUUCAAUUAUUCUUUAAUCUUCUUUCUUUACUCGUCAUGAUGAAUAAAAAUAAAUAUAUAAAAUUCUGUA